UCCACCUUCGUAAUAUUUCUUCAGUCGUCGUUUGUACGCGUCGUGACGAGAAGCUUCGUUUUGUAAUAAGUAUCGUUCAGUUGUGCGACUGCAACUGAUAACAUACUGAUUUUCGUUAUCAAGCAGUCAGUAAAGUGUUUAAAUCAUCGAGUCUAUUCGAGGCGAUGUAAAUUAAGCGUUUAUUUUAAAAAAAUAUAAAAAGUACUUACUACUUAACAAUAAACAAUUGCAAUGAAUAAUUUCAAGAAAAAUAUGUGCUCUGUUUGUGUAUUUUAAGUACAGUAUCGACAAUUAAUUCUAAUUACUAAUGCAAGAAUAGUGGUGUUUGAAAGGUAAAUGAGAACAGUUUGUUAAUAGCUUGAGAAAUUGUGUAAUGCUUCGCCGAAAAGAGACGACACUUUCGCAAACUGCUGCUUGUUUCCCGUUUCUUUAGUCGCUUGGCAUCGCAUACUUAGUUUGCAUCAUGUGGAACCGCAAAGUAUUCAUCAGAAUAAUUGAAGUGCUCCUAUGCAUCGCUUGCGUCGUGGCGCUUCGAGUAACAGACGAUGAGAGUCGAAGGGUAUUUCAUUACCUGAGAAAUCGCAGCAGGGAGUGGUCGCUGUUGCACAACGUGACAUGGGGCAGCAUAGGCGCUGCUCUCGCAACAGCGACUUGCGGUGGAUACAUCAUUGUAACGACGGGUCUUUUGAUCGCCGCGGCCACCGGGGAACUUCGCGGCCGAAAGACGGAAUUUUUCCUACUCGGACUGGGUGUGAUCCUCUUCGGAAUAGUCGGCGCCUUGUCGUUGGCGUCUAUCGACAGUGUUCCUGAGGACUUGAUCGACAAUGCCGCGGUUUUAGGAACGCUGUGCUUGCUCACGGCAUUAGUAUUCGUCGUGGAUUUACUAAUGAGACCGCCUCGCAGGAAGGACAAGCAAGAAGAGGCGCGGAUCAUUGAAAAAGAUUUAGGAAAGCGGCAGAUAACGCCAGUAGUAAGCGCCGAGAACACAAAAUCGAAACCGAAAUCGGCCGUCGUGAAAAUCCCCGAGGAAGAGAACGGUCGUGUGAACGAUGCUUUUCAGAAGACAGAUAAUCAUCGCUCUGAUCCCGUGAUAUCGCGCGAGGAAUCACCUAGAACUCGUUCGCAAGACUCUAGGGACGAUCGCGAACGUCGUGGCGAUCAGGAGCCAAGAGAACACACGCAGAAUUUUGAGAACGGCCGAGCUCUGCGUGAUUCGCAGCGGUAUCGAGAGGUGGAGACGCCGCGAUCUAGCGCACACGAUCCCGAUCGCAGGAUCGAAGAAUCCAGAAUAAUGUACAAGAGUCGAGACAUUUAUCAGCGACCGAUCGACGAGAUCGACACGCCGCGGUUUCCAAUGGAAUACGAAAAAGGAGAUCCAAUGUUCGCGAAAAUCGUCAAUCCGAGUGUGAAGAUUAUGAGAGUCGAGCGGGAUGUCGAAGAGGCGCUCGACAACUACAGAUAUUCGGACAACAGCCAAUACGACAACGUGCCGAUCAGGAUGCGUGGUUCGUCAUCCGGGAUUCUAAAGAGUUAUCAGCGCGAUCCGUCCUUCAACAUGCCUCCUCCGCCUAAAGAGUAUCGAUACAGAGGACGGGAGCGAACUAAGGACGAGAUCGAGAUGCUGGAGGAAUACCUCGGCGUACUGAAAACCACCGGGACGCAAACUGCACCGUCAUCGCCAAACGAUCCAGGAUACGUUCGACAUACCGCAAGUAAUUGGCCGCAGGAACUGAAGUCGAGACUUAGCUCCGAUCAUAGCAGAAUUUAACCCUUUCAUGAUCAACGAGCACUUUUGAUCCUAUUUUUUAAUCACAAGUUUAUUGGCAAGUUUUAGUUUAGUAAAAAAAAAAAUUUUACGUGUAAAAAUAAUUAGUUUUCUCUCUCAAAGCUUUUUCAUAUUAAUUUUGUAAAUAUCAUAUAUAUUCUUCUAUUAGUAUUUAUGAUAUUCACAAAUUUAGCCACGAAAGGAUUAAAGCGAUCAAAAUAUAAGAAUCAUUAAUUCGUUAAUAUUUUUUGUGGGAUUUUUGUAUGCAAUAAAAAUUUAACUUCUUAAAUAAUAAUUUUAACAAUGCGCUAAAAAAAUAUGGUUAAUUGUAGGAGAAGCUAAACUUUUGAGAAAAAGAAUAUUUCCAUAAAUUAAAAUUAUAUCGAAUAGAAAUGAUUCUACGUAAAAAAAGUAGAGAAGAAUUUUGAUUUAAUUAUUGUGUAUGAAAUAUACGAGGUGCCACAAGUAACAUUUAUACUUAAAUAAUAGUUGUAUAAAUAGUAGCAAAAAGCGAAAUAAGUAAAAGGAUAACUAUCACAGGUUUGCAAUGAUUUCGGAGUUUAAUAUAUGAGUUUUUCAGCAUAACAAUUUGUGCCUGUCGCCUCUAGAAGUUUUUUACUUUGCAAACCUAUGAUAGUUGGAAUAAAGCGAGGUAAAAGCAAGAAUAUAUCAUACACGUACAAAUUUCAAUAUAAAGUUAAUAAUCUUUGUUCACAUCGUACAUCUAUAUGCAUACGUACAAUUAUUAUUAAUAAUUUUUCUGAUAAUAUAUGAUCAUUGUAUGGUUAGUUUUUUUUCUUCAACAGUCAUUCUCUCGACGUUGUUAAUAUUGGCGUUACACUGCCACGAUGGAUGUAAUCUCUAUUUUUAUUUGCUUGUUUGUCUUUAUAAAAUUUUUUAAUAUAAAUAAACGCUAUACAAGUCCAUCGUUGCAUUCGAAUGGACGGCUUAGAUA